AUGCAUGAUUCGGUAAACUAUAUGAGUGAUAGGCAAGAUGCUUUUGACGCUCGUUUAAAAACGAUGGAAGAGGAUUCUCUGCGGCGUAAAGAAGUCCCCACUCAGUUAUCAAUGCUGGAAUCUAAAAUAGACAUGAUGGAGCAACAGGUCAGGCAGUCUAAUAUAGAAAUUGUCAAUCUCCCAGAACGUCGUGAUGAAAAUUUGAUAGCUGUACUUCAAAACAUUGGCUCAAUUAUUAAGCACCCCUAUUAA